AUGGGUUCAACAUUAGUAGAAACGAUUAACAUUAAUGCAAAAGAUUUUACCGAACAUUUUCUGACAUGUUCGACAUGUAUUAAUCAAUAUUCAUCAGAUUCACAUGAACAUCAACCAAAAUUAUUACCAUGUUCACAUACAGUUUGUCGUCAAUGUUUAGAACGUAUUGUUAGUUCUCAACCAAGAUCCGAUGCUAUUAAAUGUCCUAUUUGUCGAGAACAUAUUUUAUUACCUCGAGGUGGUGUCACAUCAUUUCCACCAUCAUUUUUAGUUAAUCAAUUACUUGAUUUAAUGGUUAGUCAACGUCGUGAUGUAAUUCCAAAAUGUGAUUCUCAUACCAAUGAAGAAUUAUUAUUUUGUGAAACUUGCGAUAAAAUUUUUUGUCAAUUAUGUGAUCAACAUCAAAUAUCAGCUGAACAUACUGUUGUACCAUUUUCAUUAGCUAUUAAACGUAUGAAUGAAAUACUUUCCUUCAAAGCAACAAAAACUACUGGUUGUUUGGAUCAUGCACUUGAACUUGUUAACAGUGAAAUUCUUCGACUUGAUAGUAGUAUGGAAAAAGCUGCUGAAGCUAUCAAUCGAUCAUUUAAUGAAAUAAAAACUUAUGUUGAAAAUCGUCGUCAUAAUCUAUUACAAUCACUUAAAACAACUAAAGAAUAUAAACAAAAAGUUUUAAAUGAUCAACUCAAUGUUAUCUUAAAUGAAAAAUCUAAAAUUGAACAUGAAUGUGCUGCAUUUCAACAAGCAUCUGAUAUUCAUAUUUUAACUCAACGUAUACAAGAAUUAAAUGAUCGUAUUGAACGUAUGGCUUUAUUAGGUGAACCACGUGAAAAUUCUUUUAUGACAUUUGAAUUUCGACAUAAUCAAGCCUUACAAGAUUUAGCACGAUCAUUAAAUAGUGUUGGUCGUAUACGUGUAUCAUCAACUUAUCCACCAUUAUGUCGAGCUAAGAUUGAACCACCUGUUGCUAAUCUUCAAUGUGCUAUUCAUAUUGAAACCGUUGAUUAUAAUGGAAAUGUACGUAUGGAUGGUGGUGAUCCAUUAACAGUUAAUAUUUGGGAUCCAUAUGGAAAAUUAUGUGAAUAUGAUCUACAUGAUAAACAAAGUGGAUCAUAUACAAUUAUAUUUCGACCAUUAAUUAGUGGAAAUCAUAAAAUUGAUGUAAGAAUUUUUGAUCGUCCGAUAUCAAAUUCACCAUUUGUAGUUGAUGUAACAAAACAUAAUAAUCCAUUAUGGUCAUUUGGUAAACGUGGUCGAGGUGAAAAUGAACUAUCAAUGCCGGUGAGUGUUAUUGUCGAUGAUUGCAAUGAACGAGAACAAGUAUAUAUACUCGAUCCGGGAAAUAGUCGAAUUAAAUGUCUUACUGUUGAUGGAAAAUUUAUUGAACAUUUAGCAAAUGACUCACUUGUUGAAUCAACAAGUACUGGUUUAACUUAUCGUCCAUCUACUUCAACAUUCUAUUUACUUGAUUGGAAAAGUAAAUUUAUAACUGAAUUUACUAUUAGAAAUCAAAAUACUUCAUUAACAUCUCUUAAUAAUAAUAGUCAGAUUAAUAUAACACAUCAAAUAACAUGCUCAUUAUUUAAUGAACCAGUUCAAAUAGCUGUAUUUGAACAACAUUUAAAUUCGUUACUUAUAUGUGACAAUAAUACAUUAUUAAUUAUUGAUAAUCGUACAGGUGAAUUAUUAAAUAAAAUCGAUACACGUUCAUUUGGUAUAAAAACAAUAAAAGCAUUUACAAUUGGUUUACAAGAUGAAAUUAUAAUUGGUGAUCAUCGUAUACAUAUAUUAUCAUAUGAUGGAAAAUAUUUACGACAAAUUUCAUCUAUAAAUCAACAACAAAUUGUUGAUGUUGAUAUACAUAUAACACAUGAACCACCUGAUCUUAUAGCAUCACAUCAUAAUAAACAAUCUUCAUCUAUACAUCAACAUUCAAAAUCUGUGAAUAAUAUUCAAACAACAAAAGGAGGAUUUUAUACAGCACUAUGUGUUGAUAAAAAUGGUCUUCUAUUAGCGGGUAAAUGUGAAAAAGAUGGAAAUGCACAUAUUGAAGUUUAUGAUAAUCAGGGUCAUUUAUUACGUAUUAUUGAUUCUUAUAAUCAACGUUUAAGACGUCCAUGUUCAUUAGCAACAACACGUGAUGGUUGCGUAUUGUGUGUUGAUUUAACAACAGAUUCAGUACGCAAAUAUCGAUAUGCUUAG